UUUGACUUAUUCAAAAUCAGACGUUGUUUUAGGGUUUAGAUUUGAAUGUUUUCUUAAACUGAUACCUAUUUGUUUAGGAAAUUAUCGGAAGUUAGCCUAAAAAGUAUUUUAAAUUCUUGAGGAAGCGGAGCGGUUAAUAAUAUUAUUUACUAUUUACGGCUAAUAAUAGUAGUAUUACAACUACAAGUUAGUUUGGUUAUCAGUUACAAAUUUAUUAGGAAGGUGAAACUUGCCUAAUGCCGUGAUAAAAUAUACAUGUUUGAGGGAAUUGUUUGCAAGUUUUAUAUUUUAUGAAACAAGAGUCAUGACAGAAAAUAGAUAUUGUGUAGAUUAUGCCAAAAGAGGAACUGCUAGUUGCAGAAAGUGUAAACAAAAGAUUGAAAAAGAUGUGCUAAGGAUUGGAAAAAUUGUGCCAAAUCCAUUUACAGAUGGAGAGGGUGAGAUGAAACAGUGGUUCCAUGUACCAUGCAUUUUUGAACAACUUCAGCGAGCACGUGCAACUACAAAAAAAAUUGAAGAUCCUGGAGACUUGGAAGGUUGGAUAUUCUUAAAAAAUGAGGAUAAAGAAGUCAUUUUGAAUCUCAUUAAAAUUGCACUACAAAAGAGCCCUCAAAAAAUAAUUAAGAAAGAUACAGUUCAAAAGAAUAAAAAAGAACAAUCAAAAACCAGAAAUGAAGAGUUUAUUAGUCCAAGCUCAUCAAAAGUAAAUAGUUUUGAAAGGCAAAGCUCAACAAAGGAUGACAGCUUUAGGGAAUUCUGCCAGCUUUGUGCUAAACUUGCUGAAGAACCAAGUUAUAAUGAGAAAACAAAAAUAAUGGCUAAUUUUUUUGAGAAUGGCAGGUCAGGAAAUGGAUUUUCAGGUGAUUUACUUUUAUGGGUCAGAAUGCUAUUACCAGGGGUUGUUAAACGAGUGUAUAAUCUUCAGAGCAAGCAAUUAGUGAAACUUUUUUCACAGAUUUUUGGCACUAGUCAGGAAGAAAUGAUAAUUGAUUUAGAGGAAGGAGAUGUUGCUGAAACCAUCAAAAUAUUUUUUGAACAGUCAGAAAUGCAACAUAACAUAAAAAGCUAUUUGACCUUGCAAGAGGUGGAUACAUUUUUGGACAAUUUAUCAUUAGAAACAAGAGAAGAGAAUCAGUCACAUAUUCUGAAGAAAAUUGCUAUUAGAUGCACUGGAAAUGACUUAAAAAUGAUUAUUAGACUGAUUAAACGUGAUCUGAGAAUUAAUACAGGUGCUAAACAUGUAUUAGAUGCUCUCCAUCCAACUGCAUAUGAAGCAUUUCAAGCCUCUAGAAAUCUGCAGGACGUAGUAGAAAAGGUUAAUGAGAGAAAGAGAACAGGAAAUCUGAAAAAGUCAUUGAGCAUUCAAGUAUCAUUAAUGACACCUGUGCUGCCCAUGUUAGCUGAACCUUGCAGUUCUGUGGAAUAUGCCUUCAAGAAAUUUCCAAGUGGAAUGUAUGCUGAAAUAAAGUAUGAUGGUGAAAGGGUACAGGUCCACAAACAUGGAGACAAAUUUAAUUAUUUUAGUCGAAGUUUAAAACCCGUGAUGCCUCACAAAAUUUCACAUCUGAAAGAAUACAUACCUAAAGCUUUUCCUCAAGCUAGUGAUUUGAUACUUGAUAGUGAAGUACUACUUGUAGACACUCAAACUGGGAAGCCACUUCCAUUUGGAACAUUAGGAGUUCAUAAAAAAGCUGCUUUCAAGGAUGCAAGUGUGUGUUUGUUUGUCUUUGACUGCAUUCACUAUAAUGGAGAAAAUCUAAUGGAGCGUCCUUUAUCUGAGAGACGCAACAUUCUGUCUCAGAACAUGAUGGAGAUUAAAAAUCACAUCAUGUUUUCAGAAAUGAAGCUUGUGAUAGAAAAAGAAGUACUAAAAAAAAUGAUUCAAUCUGCCAUUAAUCAGGGUUUAGAAGGGCUAGUUCUGAAAGGCACAAACAACACGUAUGAGCCAGGAAAACGACAUUGGCUAAAAAUUAAAAAAGAUUACCUAGAAGAUGGAGCAAUGGCAGAUUCAGCUGAUCUUGUUGUUCUUGGAGCAUAUUUUGGAACUGGAAAUAAAGGUGGAAUGAUGUCAAUAUUUCUGAUGGGAUGUUACGAUCCUGCUAGUAAAAAAUGGUGUACUGUUACAAAAGUGCAUGGAGGACAUGAUGAUGCUACUUUUGAAAAACUCCAAACUGAGCUGGACAUGAAAAAAAUUAGGAAGGACCCAAGUAAAGUUCCUGCUUGGCUGAAAGUGAAUAAAACUCUCAUUCCUGAUUUUGUUGCUAAUGAUCCUAAAAACUCCCCAGUAUGGGAAAUUGUUGGAGCAGAAUUUACAAAAGCAGAAAUCCAUACAGCCAAUGGAAUCUCUAUUCGUUUUCCAAGAGUUGCAAAAAUCCGAGAUGACAAAACAUGGAAAGAAGCCACAAACUUACAGGAAUUACAAGAAUUGUUUAAAAAGUCAAAACAAGUUACUGGUGAAAUUCAAGAUAUGUUCAAAAGCAAAAAUUCAUACCAAGAUAUAUCUGAUGAAGCAAAACCAAAAUUAUUCAAAAAAAUCAGUAAGAGUGGAACUCCUAAGAAGAGAAAGCAAGAAAAAAGAGAUGAGACAUCUGCAAAGACAUUAAAGUGUUCAUUUCCUGAUAUCUUCAGUGGAAUUAAAUUAUAUUUACCAGAAACUGUUGAACAGUAUGACUAUCUCUGUCGUCUCUUUAUAGCUUAUGAUGGUUACUUAGUAGAACACUACAAUAUCGAAGAGGCAACACACAUUGUUAAUGACAAUGAAGUGACACUUCCUGACACUAGAGCAUUAAUUGUUAAUGUUAAUUGGCUAUGGGACAGCAUUAAACUGCAGAGACAAGCUCCUACUAAAGCCUAUGUUGUGAAAAAGAACGGUGAUAAACACUGAACUGUACAGUUUAAUCCUUAUUUGCUGUGAACUGUGUAUGCAUCUAUCUGCAUGAUUCCAAAAUUGAUUGAAAAUGUUAGUUACUGUAAUGAUUUUUUUGUUACACGAAUGUUCACUUGAUAUUAUAUACAUGUAUAUAUAUCAAGUGCUACAUAGAAAAAUUGUAAAAAAUUAUGAAAAUUAUUUUUACAAAAAAUUCCUGAUGUCACUUAAAUCAGUGAUGCUUGCGAGUAAAUUAGCAUACUUAACUUCAUUUGUUUUUAUACUUUUCAUACUGGUGGAGUUUGUGAAUUGCAUCAUACUGAAUAAUUUUGUCAUUGGUCACAUUAAUGCAAAAACUUGCAUCCUAGAUGCAAAAUAAAUCAAUUGAACAGAAAACAAAGCUCAUUCUACAUUAAUGAGACGUAUAAAAAUGGGUAAAGGAUGCAAUAAUAAAGUAAGAUGUUUCUUAACCCUUUCCAGAUUUGGGGGGGUGUCACUGAUAUCUUUUGAUUUUUGACAGUGGAAAUUUGACCAAAUUGCAUGAAACUUAGAAUCAACUUAUUAAGUACUGAAAAACCAUGUAGUUCAAGCUUUAGGAUCUUUGUAUAAUAUGAUUUUGUUGUUGUGUCCAAAAUUUUGUUCAGAUAUUGUUUUGAAAAAAAUUAAAAUACUUCCUUUCAAUUUAAAAUUUCAGUAUUUCUAAAUGUUGAUCAAAAAGUUUCAUAAUUCCAUUUUUGUUUUGCAAAAAAAAAAAUUGCUUGACUGCAGAACACUGUGGAGAUGGGAUUCUUUUGAUGGAAGAGCCCAGUGUUAAAUAUUUAAAUUAUAUACAUGUGAUUGAAAACUUCUCUACUUCAAGCAGGUUCCGAGUUUAAAUAUGCAUAGUAACUUCAUUUGAGACACAGUUUUAGUGCUCUUUAAAAGUGCAUCAUAACAUAUAGAAAAUCUUUUUCCUUUGUGUUAGCAUUCAACUCAACAUUUUUUAUUUUUUUUUAGAUUUAUGAGUAUGCAUAUUACUGCACUCAGUAUACAGAACUGGCUAAAGAAAAUUAGAUAAAAUCUUUUGCUGUUUAUAAUACAUGGUGACCCAACAGUAUUUAAUAGUAUAAGUUGCAAUAUUGAUGACAUUUUUUGGAAUAUUUUGUGUGUGACUCUUAUUAUUAAGGAUCCUGUAUAGUCAACAAAGUCAUAAGCUCACAAUAAAUUUAGUGCUACAGAAGUUGAUGGGAUCUAUCAUUAUGGUUAAAAAAAUUAUAUUUUAGUAUCUAAUGACAUUUUACAUUAUCUGUUAAUGUAGCAUUUAAACUAAUGAGAUGUUUUCUUUAACUGUUCGACACGUACCUAAAUAUACUUCAUCUAACAAAUCCACUCCUGGAUAAUGUGACUGGUUCACU